AUGCGGGGCAGGCCUGCGCUGGGACCCAGCAGUCCUGCGUGCUGGUGGGAGCUGCACCCAGGCGGCUCCGCAGUCCCGCGGGGUCGGGCUGAGGGCGGGCAGGCAAGCGGGCGGACGCCGGAACUCAGCGGCUCCGCGGUCCCGGGCGGGAGGGCACUAGGGCCCGGCGGGUUUAGGGCGGGCGGCCGCGCGCCAGGAACCAGCGGCCGUGCGGGUGCUAGGACCCAGAGGCUCGGCCGUCCCGAGCGGGCGAACACUAGGACCCAGCGGCUGCGCCGUGCGGCCUUAGGGCGGGCGGGCCCCGGACCCAGCGGGGCGGGCUCCGUGCCGCCAGGGGCGCUGUCGCCGCGGGGCUGCGCGGGGGCGCCGUGCGUAUGGGCGAGCAGAUCGGGAGCCGUGGCUAGCAAAGGGGGGACCGUGGCGAGCGGAGCGGGAGCCGUGGCGAGCAAAGCUUUGGCCGUGGCGAGCGGAACGGGAGCCGUGGCGAGCAAAGCGUUGGCCGUGGCGAGCAGGCGGCUCGCCCCCCGCUGCUGGUGGCCGCGCUGCCCCGGGCCGGGCGGGCGGCGGGGGCUGCGGGUGCAACGCUUGCCCUUCGCCCCGCUCUCCCCCGGCGACCUGGCGUUCUUCGAGCGAGCCCUGCCCGGGCGGGCCAGCACCGACCCCGCCGAGCUGGAGCCCCGCAACGUGGACUGGCUGCGCUCCGUGCGCGGCUCUAGCCAGCUGCUGUUGAAGCCGCAGACGACAGCAGAGGUGUCUCAAGUGCUCAGGUACUGCUAUGAGAAGAACCUGGCGGUGACCCCGCAGGGGGGCAACACGGGCCUUGUCGGGGGCAGCGUUCCCAUCUUCGAUGAGAUCAUCCUCUCCACUGCUCUCAUGAACCGGAUCAUCAGCUUUGACAAGGUGUCUGGAAUCCUUGUGUGCCAGGCUGGCUGCAUCUUGGAGAAGCUCAAUGAAUACGUGGAGGAGCAGGGCUUUACCAUGCCACUUGACCUGGGGGCAAAAGGUAGCUGUCACAUUGGUGGGAAUGUGGCCACGAAUGCUGGAGGCUUGCGGCUCUUGAGAUACGGCUCUCUCCGAGGGACGGUGCUAGGGCUAGAAGUGGUGCUGGCUGAUGGCUCCGUUCUGGAUUGUUUGACGUCUCUACGCAAGGACAACACUGGCUACGAUCUGAAGCAACUUUUCAUUGGCUCUGAGGGGACCUUGGGCGUUAUCACUGCCGUCUCCAUCCUGUGUCCUCAGAAGCCUAAGGCUGUGAAUUUGGCCUUCUUAGGGUGCCAGAGUUUUCCUAAGGUGCUGGAAACAUUUAGGACCUGCAGAGCCAUGCUGGGAGAAAUCCUGUCUGCCUUUGAGUUCAUGGAUGAGAAGUGCAUGGAAUUGGUUGAGAAGCACCUCAAGCUGUCCAACCCGGUGACAGGCAGCCCUUUUUAUGUUUUAAUUGAAACUUCGGGCUCCAACUCGACCCACGAUGAAGAGAAAUUGAACGGCUUCCUUGAACAGGUCAUGACUUCUGGUUUGGUGACUGAUGGAACUGUUGCAACGGAUGAUAAGAAAAUAAAGGCGCUAUGGAGCCUGCGGGAGAGGAUCACGGAGGCCCUCACUCAUGACGGCUGUGUCUACAAGUACGACAUCUCGCUCCCUGUGGGAAAGCUGUACGAUCUGGUGAUGGACAUGAGGGCUCGCCUGGGCCAGAGCGCCAAAAACGUCGUGGGCUACGGCCACUUGGGAGAUGGAAACUUGCACUUAAACAUCACGUCGGAAUCCUACAGCCAUUCCCUGCUGGCUGCCAUCGAGCCGUUCGUGUACGAGUGGACUGCAAGAUGCCAUGGCAGCAUCAGUGCAGAGCAUGGGCUGGGCUUCAAGAAAAAGCAGUUCAUCGAGUAUAGCAAACCCCGGGAGGCCGUCCGGCUCAUGCAGCGCUUCAAAGCCAUGCUGGACCCCAAAGGGAUCCUCAAUCCCUACAAGACGCUGCCCCCGGCUCCCAAGAGCGACACGCACUGAGAAGCGAGCAGGUUCUGUCACACGAGGGUGGUGUCUCUAGCUCGGUGACUGCACUUUAGCCAUAAACAAUGUGAUGGGUUAAGCAGGCGGGUGGAAUGCGCCGUGUUUUAUUUCUUCACUGUGAUGGGACGAGUAAAAGAACAUGGUUCUUCUGUUCUGUUCUGCCUCCUCUCUCUGAAGGAGAACCCAUUGCUGGGUUUGACCACGUGGGUUUCCUGGUUAAUGUGAACAAUGAAACCAGGGACUCAGAUAUCGUGUGUGGAUGCAGGGGUAGGA